CCACAAAUGUGGGAGGGCGAUAACCACUCGUAGAAAGCGUGCGAAGUUACUGCAAGUGGUCCUCCAGGCCACCGUGCUGUUCCGCUCCCAGAAGCCCCGGGCGGCGGAAGUCGUCUCUCUAAGAAGGGACGGGGCCCCACGCUGCGCACCCGCAGGUUUGCUAUGGCGAUGAGCAGCGGCGGCAGUGGUAGCGGCGUCCCGGAGCAGGAGGAUGCCGUGCUGUUCCGACGCGGCACAGGCCAGAGCGAUGAUUCUGACAUUUGGGAUGAUACAGCAUUGAUAAAAGCAUAUGAUAAAGCUGUGGCUUCAUUUAAGCAUGCUCUAAAGAAUGGUGACAUUUGUGAAACUUCAGGUAAAUCAAAAACCACACCUAAAAGAAAACCUGCUAAGAAGAAUAAAAGCCAAAAGAAGAAUACUGCAGCUUCCUUACAACAGUGGAAAGUUGGAGACAAAUGUUCUGCCAUUUGGUCAGAAGACGGUUGCAUUUACCCAGCUACUAUUGCUUCAAUUGAUUUUAAGAGAGAAACCUGUGUUGUGGUUUACACUGGAUAUGGAAAUAGAGAGGAGCAAAAUCUGUCCGAUCUACUUUCCCCAAUCUGUGAAGUAGCUAAUAAUAUAGAACAGAAUGCUCAAGAGAAUGAAAAUGAAAGCCAAGUUUCAACAGAUGAAAGUGAGAACUCCAGGUCUCCUGGAAAUAAAUCAGAUAACAUCAAACCCAAAUCUGCUCCAUGGAACUCCUUUCUCCCUCCACCACCCCCCAUGCCAGGGCCAAGACUGGGACCAGGAAAGCCAGGUCUAAAAUUCAAUGGCCCACCACCGCCGCCGCCACCACCACCACCCCACUUACUAUCAUGCUGGCUGCCUCCAUUUCCUUCUGGACCACCAAUAAUUCCCCCACCACCUCCCAUAUGUCCAGAUUCUCUUGAUGAUGCUGAUGCUUUGGGAAGUAUGUUAAUUUCGUGGUACAUGAGUGGCUAUCAUACUGGCUAUUAUAUGGGUUUCAGACAAAAUCAAAAAGAAGGAAGGUGCUCACAUUCCUUAAAUUAAGGAGAAAUGCUGGCAUAGAGCAGCACUAAAUGACACCACUAAAGAAACGAUCAGACAGAUCGGGAAUGUGAAGCAUUAUAGAAGAUAACUGGCCUCAUUUCUUCAAAAUAUCAGUGUUGGGAAAGAAAAAAGGAAGUGGAAUGGGUAACUCUUCUUGAUUAAAAGUUAUGUAAUACAAAUGCAAUGUGAAAUAUUUUAUUGGACUCUAUUUUGAAAAACCAUCUGUAAAAGACUGGGGUAGGGGUGGGAGGCCAGCACGGUGGUGAGGCAGUUGAGAAAAUUUGAAUAUGGAUUAGAUUUUGAAUGAUAUUGGAUAAUUAUUGGUAAUUUUAUGAGCCGUGAGAAGGGUGUUGUAGUUUAUAAAAGACUGUCUUAAUUUGCAUACUUAACCAUUUAGGAAUGAAGUGUUAGAGUGUCUUAAAAUGUUUCAAAUGGUUUAACAAAAUGUAUGUGAUGCGUAUGUGGCAAAAUGUUACAGAAUAUAACUGGUGAACAUGGCUGUUCAUUGUACUGUUUUUUUCUAUCUUCUGUAUGUUUAAAAGUAUAUAAUAAAAUAUUUAAUAUUUUUUUUAAAAUUAA